CGAUGAAUGUACACAAACUGCGGUUAAGUAUUAUUAGGUUUUGAAGAUGCUGAUAACAGGAUGUCAUGUGUUUGUGUGUAACAGGUUUUUAUAAUCAGAUAUAGAUAAAUUUUUGUACUUGAAAUAUGACAUCCAACAAGUGAACACAAUGAAGUUUAAACCAAAUGACAAUAUUUUAAGAAUUGCUUUAACUGCAUUCAGUGUUUUGUUUGGAAUUUUAAGUAUAUCUCUCAUUACACUGGGCGCCAUCUACAUUGACGAAUUAUGGUGGCCUAGAAGAUUUGUUGGUUUAGAGUUUAUAGAGUUUCCCAUUUUAUUGAUAAUUUUAGGAUCAUUAAGUUUGAUCAUGGCUGUUGUUGGGUGUAUUUGUGCUAAAACUGACAAUAAAACUUUUCUUUUAACGUUUGCUGGUGUUCUGUCAACAAUUUUAUGUAUCGUAUUAGCUGUAGGCAUAAUUGGUUUUGUUAAUCUUGACAAACAUGAAAGAGGUCAUAGUAAAAGGAAUCGACUGUUAGAGCAGGACAAUAACAAAUUUUUUCUUAGUUCAUUUUAAAUAAACUGACUUUUCGUACUGUUAGUUUGCAAAAAUUCUCUAUAACCAAUACCUUUUAUAUUUAUUUAUAGAUCAAUUUAUUAUUUAGUUUUUCAGACAAAUGUACACUUAUCGUUUUAAAUUUUUUUUAUCAAAACGUGUACUAUCCGUAAACACGAGUAUUAUUUAUUUGUACCAACAUAUUGUAUUAAUUUUUACGUAUUUAAAUAACAAAUAUAAAGUGCUUCAUGCACCCGAAUUAUUUCUGUUUCCUGUAUAAAUUACUAUC